AUGGCGCGCAGCAUACGACUAGUUCGCGCAUUCGCACUGCUGGCGCUGCUGGCGGCGACAGCAGUUCAUGCGCAGAAUGACUUGCCCGAUCUCAGCACGGCUACACAAGCGACUGCGACCACCGAUGACGCCUCCACUACCGCCGAGAGCACUGCUGAGAGCACUACUGGAGCGACUACAGAUGCUACUACAACCGGCGACAGCACGAGCGCAGAGUCUACCUCAGGCGGCACCACCACUGCUGAGAGUACCACAGGCGCAACCUCUUCCGCUGAAUCGACGACCGACUCUGCCGCGACUACCACUGCUACAUUCCCAGAUGCGACCAGUACCAGCUCAGGCUCAAACACACCCUUCUCACUCACCGGACUGCCAACUAUUCAGGGUGCUGGUAUCCCCACCAUGAUCGUCCCCUACACCGCCAACGCCCCGUUCAUGCAGAAGUCCACGAUGCCCGAGGGAACAGUCUUCAUUGCUGUUGGCGCUGUUCUCGCAUUCCUCGGCGCAUGCGUGCUCCUCUGGCGUGGACUGGUCGCUUGGAGUAUCAAUCGUUCGGUCAAGCGCGCCGCUCUCGCCUCUCUCCGUGGCUCGGACAAGGGCUCGUCAGCAUGGGGCGGCGGCGGUCACAAGAGUGCAUACUACAGGGAAUACGAGACUGGUAGUAGCAUGUCUCUGGACGCUUUGACAAGCGCUGGCAAGAACAUCAGAUCUUCGCAUAUUCACGACGAAAAGAGGCAGUCUGCUGUGCCGCCGGCCGGUCUGUUCUUCUCGCCAACAGCUCAAGUGUCAAAUCGCGCCAGCUCUGUUGGUGGACUGGACAGCCGCGCUUCGGGAUAUCUACCUGCGGGAUACUAUGCCUCGCCAUCCGCUGCUGAGCCUGCUGGUGGCAGGAAUUCCACAACCAUCGGUGGAUCGCUGGCUCCUUAUGCCAGACACAGCGCCAUAAACCCUUCCCCCUCGCCUCCUGGCUCGCCCAGCUUGCCCAAUUCCCGCAGUACAGCCAACUACUACGGUGGCGGGAACUACUCAUCAAGAGACGGACUGCGCUCGCAAUCGCGGGAAAACCUACGAGCCUCAAGUCGGGACGGCUACGGCGUACAGCGCAACAGCAACGUCUACAUGCAUCCCAGCACUUCAUCGUUGGCCGUGGGCACGGGCGGUGGUUAUACUGGUAGCAGCGAACACCUUGGAGGUCAAAGAGCACCCAGUGCAGUCUUCUCCGACCUGUUGGAGAACCAUGGCAGUGGGCCGCGAGAAAGAUUCUAA